CAAAACAAAGGGAGCCAAAUACUAAACUGUAAUCAACCGUUCUCCCCUUUCUCACUCUCUCCUCAGGCGGUUUUCUCCAAGCAGUCUCAGCUCUCGCUCUCUAUCUUCAUCUUCCUCCUCCUCCUCCUUCAACUGCCAUUUUGAUCACCAAUCUGUUCGGAACGUUUGUCGCGCCGCAGAUCCGACGGUCGCCGCUCCAUGUUCGUCAAAAAGCUUGUCGAGAAGGCUUCGAAGAAGCACGGGGGUAUUGUAGAUGGUUUAAAAUCCGAAGACAUAGACCCACGUCUGGUUUUCCAUUAUGGCGUCCCGUCAGGAUCCGUCAUUUUGGCUUAUGACUCCAUUCAGCAGAUUCUUGCCAUUUCCACGAAGGAUGGCCGAAUCAAACUUUAUGGAAAAGGUAAUACGCAAGCUAUAUUGGAAUCGCCCGAGACUAUAGCAAGCAAGUUUUUGGAGUUUUUUGAGAACCAAGGCAUCCUUCUAAAUGUGAACGCAAAUAACCAAAUUGAGGUCUGGGACCUGGAGAGGAACUUUUUAUCUCACGUGCAUGAUUUUAAAGAUGAUAUCACCUCUUUCACUGUCAUGCAACAGAGCCUCUACAUGUUUGUUGGAGAUUCUGUUGGCAAUGUGUCAGUUCUGAAACUUGAUCAAGAACCAUGCAAUAUAAUACAAAUGAAAUACAGAAUCCCUCUUUUUGCUUCUCAUGGAAAUACAUCUGAAGUUGCUGGUGAUACCUAUGUGGUGCAUAUUCUGCUGCAGCCGACAGCUGAAAGUAAGAGGGUUCUAAUAAUUUACAGAGAUGGCUUCAUUACCUUAUGGGCAAUUCAGGAAAGCAAAGCCAUUUUUACAACUGGUGGGAUCAUGUUACCAGCAGUGUCUCAUGAGACAAAGAAAGUGACAGCUGCAUGUUGGGCAUGCCCAUAUGGGAGCAAGGUGGCUGUUGGAUACAGCAACGGAGAGAUUUGCAUCUGGAAUGUGCCUUCUCCCUUAGCUUCAAAAACUGAACCGGCACCAGACAAGGACUCCGUUCUUACUCAAAGUGCUCCCAUUUGUAAACUGAAUAUUGGAUAUAAAUUAGACAAAAUCCCUAUAGCAUCUCUCAAGUGGGCUUAUGCAGAUGGAAAAGCUAGCCGAUUAUAUGUUAUGGGUGCAUCAGAUAAUUUAUCAGCUAACUUGGUGCAGGUAGUUCUAUUAAAUGAGCUUGCAGAAACUCGCACAAUCAAAUUGGGCCUUCAUUUGUCAGAGCCCUGUGUUCAUAUGGAGAUCAUUUCCAGUUCCAAUGAAGACAGCAAGCAUAAACAAGAUGCUUUCCUUCUGAUUGGGAAGUCAAGCCAUAUUUAUUCGUAUGAUGAUCAUGCAAUUGAAAAAUACUUAUUACAAUGCCAAUCUAGGUCCCCACCAUCACUCCCAAUGGAGAUAAUGGUAAAGCUUCCAUUUUCAGAUUCAAGCAUCACUGUGGCAAAAUUCAUAACAGAUAAUCCUUACUUUUCGGGAGAACAGGGCAAUAUUAUGAUGGAAAACCUUAUUCCACCACUAUUUCCAUUUGACACAAGGCAGAAAGAUUUAACUCAGUCAAUGAACUUUAGUAGAUUUUCGAAGAGCAAGAACUUGUAUAUAACAGGACAUAUGAAUGGGGCCAUAAACUUCUGGGAUGCAUCAUGUCCUGUUAUGGUCCCUGUUGCAUCUAUAGUUCAACAGAGCGAGGAUGAUUUCUCUUUAAGCGGAGUAGCACUCACAGCAUUGUAUUUUGAUGGAAGUUCAAGGCUCCUUAUUACUGGGGACCAAAGCGGGAUGAUUCGCCUUUUUAACCUUAAACCAGAGCCAUUCAUCUCAGGAAGCAGUUUUUUGCCUCUACAAGGAAGUUCAAAGAAAAGAAGCAAUCACAUUGUCCAGAGUCUUAAACUUGUGAAGGUUAAUGGAUCUGUACUUUCUGUAGACAUAAACUGCAGCUCAGGACAUCUCGCUGUUGGGUCUGAUCAAGGAUAUGUCUCAUUGAUUGAUAUGGAGGGCCCGACUCUACUAUAUCAGAGACACAUUACAAGUGAGCUGUGCACAGGAAUCAUCUCUCUGCAGUUUGAAACCUGCAAUUUCCAUGGUUUUGAGAAGAAUGUGCUAGUUGUGGCCACAAAGGAUUCGUCAGUUUUUGCUCUUGAGAGAGAUACUGGAAAUACUCUUGGCUCUGGCUUGAUCCGUCCUAAGAAACCUUCAAGAGCUUUUCUCAUGCAAAUUUUGGAUGGACAGGAUACUGCAGUUAGAGAAUCUAAUAAAUUGGAGGGUAUAGACCCGAGUAAGAGGAACUCUACUGAUGAUGCAACACCAAAGCGAUUAUCAUUAUUACUAUGUGCUGAGAAAGCUGCUUAUGUCUAUUCCUUGGUCCAUGUAGUCCAGGGUAUAAAGAAGGUUCUUUACAAAAAGAAAUUUAAUAAUUCUUGUUGCUGGGCAUCGACAUUUUACACAACUGAUGCUGCAGGUCUUGUGCUUCUCUUUGCUGAUGGAAAAAUUGAAAUAAGGUCCCUACCAGAAUUGUCCCUAUUGAAGGAAACUUCAAUUACAGGUCUCACAUUGUCAAGUCAAAAGCUGAAUUCAGUCGCUGAUAGUUCAGUGUGCUCUUCAUGGGAUGGAGAACUUAUCAUAGUGAACAGAGAUCAGGAAAUGUUUGUUGUCUCAGUUUUGCUCAGAAAAGAUUUAUAUGGGCAUUUGGACUCUGUUUCCCAAGUUUAUAACAAAGAUCUUAUAGUUGCACAAGGAGUUUGCUCAGAACCUGCCACGCAUAAAGAGAAAAAAAAGGGACUAUUUAGCUCUGUUAUCAAAGAUAUGACUCGAAGUAAAUCGAAGCAUAUGCCUGGCGAAGAAGUUGAAGGUGCAAGAGAAAGUAUGGAAGGACUCUCAACAAUCUUUUCCGUUGACAAUUUUCCACCUGAGACUGGAAAUAUUCCAAAUCCAGCCGCGGAUGAAAGUGAAGUUCUUUUGGAUAUAGAUGACAUUGACCUCGAAGAUCCAAGAGAAAAACCAAAAGGAAAUCCUAUGACUGCAGCACUCAAUAAACAGAAAUUAGCAAGCAAAUUCCAGGCAUUUAAAGGCAAACUGAAAGAAAUAAAGGUCAAAAAUGAGAAAUCACCAGCAAAAGAAGAACCACAACACGAGAAGGCCAGUUCAGUUGAUCAAAUUAAGAAAAAAUAUGGAUUCUCCACAUCUGGUGAUUCAAGUGUUGCUAAAAUGGCAGAAAGCAAAUUAAGUGAAAAUCUCAGGAAGUUGCAGGGCAUCAGCCUUAGAACUACACAGAUGGAGGAUACAGCUCGAUCAUUUUCUUCCAUGGCAAAAGAGGUUCUGCGAAUAGCUGAAAAUGAUAAACGAAGCUCAUGAUCUCUUAUGAGAUGAAAACAGACAUUUAAUUAUCAUUAUAUCUCUUCUUUUGGUGACAAUUUUCUGUCCAUCUCUCUCAUAUAUCUAUAUAUGUAUAAGGGCGAAAAAGGAAGGGACCUCUUUGGAAUGUUGUAUAUAAGUGGUGGUGGUUCUUAAAUCUGUUCUCUUUUGGUGACAUGUUGCAGGCAAAAACAUAGUAUCAGCUGCAGUCUAUAUGAGUAUAUACGUGGAUUGGUCCAAAAUGUAAUGCAAACCAGUUCUUUAAACUUUAUUGAAUUUAUUCAUUCAGAACUUAGAUUCAGAUUGAA